AUACGUUAUUUUCUCACCUUCAAAAUCCCCACUUAUCAUUUUUUUUCACUAAUUUUCCAUUUGAUUCUUUUUCAUGGGAUGUUCCACCAGAAGUAAUAGUACCAAUAAUAUUCUGAAAGCAGAGCUUUCUCAUCUUCUAUUGGCACCAUUUUGAUCUCUAACUUGAUUGGAUACUUUAGGUUUGUUUUUAUGCUCUCUUAUCUUUCAUUGGUGUGAGUUUAUAUAUUUUUAGGAUUUUGCUGCAGAUUCAAUUUUUUCAGUUCCCUACAAUAAAUAAAUUUGCCAGCAUGCAACAAAGUAACAACAAUAUUUAGUUUCAUCGAAGGUUAUGGAACUAUGACAAGAGUUUUUUCCGGUACACUCCGACGGUGUAUGAAAAUUGUAACUCUUAUUCAAGAUUUUUCGAUUGUUUUGAGACAGCUCAUAAUACCAAGAGACCAUAGAAACUCCUGCCACACAGUUCCCUAACCUUCCAUGCAUUAAAUAUGAUUGUUCCACAUUUAUUAAUUGUUACAUAAGAAUCACUAAAAAACUCAAUCUAAAAUAAACAUACAAUAUCCUACAAAGUUGGAGAUCAAAAUGGUGCCAGUAGAAGAUGAGAAAGCUUUGGUUUCAGAGUAUUAUUGGUACUAUUACUGGUGGUGGAACAUCUCAUGAAGAAUAAUGUAAUGGUGAAGAGAGGUGAAGAUACAAACAUAAGUAAGGAAUAAUGAAAUGGAAAUACUGGAGCUGGGAAAUAACAUAUUGAGUUUAUAAAAAAAAUGUGUAAUACACUCAAUAAAGUGUAAUAAUGUUAAUUUUAUUGUCUAUGAAAUUCUACUUAUCUUUUCCCUUUUUCGAUGGUUAUGUAUGUUAUCAUGGUAAUUGCAUGUUUGAGUUUGAGUCAAAUAUACAUCUACAAAAAUAUAUAAAGAGGACUAUCAGGAUCAGAUCAAUUGAACAUGUAGUAGGAAACAAGGUCAUGUCCUGCAAUGACUAACAUUACUAGUACUGAGCUUAUAAUUAAUAAUUGCUAUCUAAUCAAUAAGGAAGGAUUUUGAGUGCUAACUAAAUGAAGUAAAAAUAAAAACAAACUAAGGGAGAACCAUUCGGGCAUUAGAAUUAAUCUCAUUAGCCAAAUCAUAAAAUUUCAAUCCAAUUUCUUGCAACUAGCAUACUAUCUGAAGGAUAAUGUAACAAAGAUGUGUGUCUUGGAUUCCCCUAUUAAUCGUCACCUUAAUCUAUCUACUAGACAUGAGCUCUGAACAACUCUCUCCGGCAACGGCUCUCAAUCCCUCCGACAGGCCUCCGGAUCCGAUCUCACCCCCGGCAGACUCACUACCGAAGGUCUCUGAGUCUCCCUCCAGCGUGGAGGUCAUGGCAGUGGAUGCACCGGCGAAGCAGAUCUCUUCGGCGGGUACCACACCUCCAGCGACCACAUCCUACGCAAGUGCGGUCACGAGAACAGGUACCGGAUCCCCAAGUGGAGUGUGCUCGUGGACGCCGGUGGGCGAACAAGAUCUGGUACCGGGCUUAUACAACGGCGAACCUGAACUCAGAAUCUCGGAAGGGCUUCGAACGAAGCUCAGCGCACCGUGGCAAAGAUCCCUUGUUGUUCGUACGCUUGGUCUCAAAAUCUCUUUUAACAUCUUCAGUAACAAGCUUCGAGCGCAAUGGCGACCGACCGGUGCUAUGGAAAUCAUGUUUCUUGGACAAGAAUGCUUUCUGGUAAAGUUAAGCAACGACGUGGAUUAUUUCCGGGCGCUUACGGAAGGCCCCUGGACCAUUUUUGAUCAUUAUUUGUUAAUUCAGCAAUGGACUCCAGCCUUCCGUCUAUCUAACAAGCUGCCAAAAUCCAUGAUCGUCUGGGUUCAGCUUCCGGCAUUUCCAGUGCAUCUAUAUCAUCGAGAGGUUCUUUUUUCUUUGGGAAAUAUGAUCGGUCGUACCAUAAAGCUAGACUACCAUACACUACACCAGCAGAGGGCAAGGUUCGCUAGGAUUGCUGUAGAAGUUGAUCUCUCUAAGCCCUUGAUUACACGUAUCCGCCUGGAUGGACAAUGGCAGUACCUGGAAUAUGAAAACCUGCCGGUGGUGUGCUUCGAAUGUGGAAAGAUUGGGCAUACCAAGGAUACCUGUCCCACGCUGAAUCCACCUCCACCGCAGCUGAACUUGGUAGUGUUUGGAAAUCCGCCGGCGCCGGCGACGACCUGCUCACCGGAGGAGAAGGUGGGUUUCGGGCCUUGGAUGCAGGUUACGCGUAGAUCGCGGCGGGGGAACAGAAAUAGUGAAAAAGGAAAUUCGGAUCUCUCACAUGCUGAAAUCUCUAAUCAAAGGAAGGGAGGAAAAGGAAAGUCCACUAAUAGAGAGACACCUUCCAUUGUUGAGAACCCACCAGGAAUAGUUUUCGUAGCAAACCAACGGUCGGAUAUGCCAAGUGGCGGUAAAACAGGGAAAGAUCGUGAUUCCACGAGCAAACCAAAAGGGAAAGCAAGUGUUGAGGGAGAUUCGGGCAAUGACAACGGCAAAGGAGUGCUUGGGCCGGCCCCCAAAAGCAACCAACCUAAAUACAAGGGGCCCAUCGAAAGCUCGCUCAAGCACCGGGCUCCAGAGACAGGCCCAUCAACGUCCGGGACUAAGCCCAUUAUUCUACACGGUGGGAACGGAGACCCCAAGUUGGCGGCCCCAAAACCACCACAAUUGUUGACUCUUCCUGGAAAUAAUGGAACAACCAUCCAAGUAGUGAAUAUCUCCCAAACAGACCCGGACAUCGAUCACCGACCCGAUGGCGCAACUCCCUCGGCUUCCACCCGAACGAAGAGCCAAAAGAAGCAGAGGAAGAAGCAGAAAUCUCCGGUGAAAUCUCCCUUACCAGUUACCGCGAAAGCUCUCCAAAUAUGGACGCCAAUCAAGGCAAAGAAGAACAAAGCCCGAGCUCGCCUCGCCGCGCUCACUCUUCAAGAAAUAGAUGCGUGGACGGGAGCUGCGAAUCGGGGAUUGGAGGCGGAGAUUUCGUCCCUCACCACCAACGAUGCUACCGUGGAGGCCAUAGAGAUGGCCAUAGCAACAACCAAUUCUUAAUUGGAUCCCUUUGCUGCCGCCAAUUUCUUUUCCUCCCCUUUUGUUUCUUCUUGUCAUUUUGUUUAUCAUGUCUUUUAGCCAUUUACAUAAUUUCAAAGUUCUCGCUUGGAAUAUUGGUGGUGCGGGUAACGCCGCCUCGGCUAGAGCUCUUAAACUUCUAGUCAAGAAUUAUAAUCCUGACUUUUUGCUUCUUUUGGAACCGCAGGUGAGCGGCGAUAUCGCCGAUAAAAUCAGCGGCCGGAUGGGAUUUCCAAACGUCAUGCGUGUGGAAGCGGAUGGCAAGAAAGGGGGCAUUUGGCU